AUGAGGACAGAAGGAGAGAAGGAGAGACAGACGAGAUCAGUAAGGGGUCAGGGCACAGUGUUGACAGUGAGGACAGAAGGAGAGAAGGAGGGACAGACGAGAUCAGUAAGGGGUCAGGGUAGAGUGUUAACAGUGUGGACAGAAGGAGAGAAGGAGGGAGAGACGAGAUCAGUAAGGGGUCAGGGUACAUUGUUAACAGUGAGGACAGAAGGAGAGAAGGACGGACAGAAAAGAUCAGUAAGGGGUCAGGGUACAGUGUUAACAGUGAGGACAGAAGGAGAGAAGGAGGGAGAGACGAGAUCAGUAAGGGGUCAGGGUACAGUGUUAACAGUGAGGACAGAAGGAGAGAAGGAGAGACAGACGAGAUCAGUAAGGGGUCAGGGUACAGUGUUAAGAGUGAGGACAGAAGGAGAGAAGGAGGGAAAGACGAGAUCAGUAAGGGGUCAGGGUACAGUGUUUACAGUGAGGACAGAAGGAGAGAUGGAGGGAGAGACGAGAUCAGUAAGGGGUCAGGGUACAGUGUUAACAGUGAGGACAGAAGGAGAGAAGGAGAGACAGACGAGAUCAGUAAGGGGGCAGGGUGCAGUGUUAACAGUGAGGACAGAAGGAGAGAAGGAGAGACAGACGAGAUCAGUAAGGGGUCAGGGUGCAGUGUUAACAGUGAGGACAGAAGGAGAGAAGGAGGGAGAGACGAGAUCAAUAAGGGGUCAGGGUACAGUGUUAACAGUGAGGACAGAAGGAGAGACAGACGAGAUCAGUAAGGGGUCAGGGUACAGUGUUAACAGUGAGGACAGAAGGAGAGAAGGAGUGACGAGAUCAGUAAGGGGUCAGGGUACAGUGUUGACAGUGAGGACAGAAGGAGAGAAGGAGGGGGAGGGAGACUGCGGUAUUGUUAUGACUGACCUCUGA